CCGAAGCUUUGUGGGCCAAGGAAAGCCAGUGGCAUCUACGAGGAGUACCUGGCUUACCGGGAUCGCUACCAGGAAUGGCGCAAAGGAGGUGCUCUGGGAGCUCAAGGUGAGCUCACGGCAGAGGCCUUGGAGCAGCAGUCGGUGGUGGACCGCGGUGAUCCGUAUCGUUUCGAAUACUGGUAUCCAACGGCCUCCAUCUUUCGCAUGCGCUUCACCUUGGCCUACUGGAUUUCCGUGAUGUUCCUCCUUGGCUCCAUCUUCUUCUGUUUGGGCUCCGCGAACAAGCUCUUGGAAGCUUACGGCGGCAGAAUCGUCCAGGUGUGGCCGAACCUCCUGGGUGGUGUUGCCUACACCGUGGGCUGCUACCUCUCCUAUGUCCAGCUGAUCAACAUGCCGACGAGGAAGGCCGAGUCGCUAAGGUUGCUGUGCGCUGAUUGGAACAAGGUGUCGGAGCGGGUGGAUGUGCCUUCGACCAUCGGAACUGUUGCCUUCUUGGCUGGGGCGAUCCUCUUUCAAAUCGCCUGCGUGGCCGAUUUCGCGGAUGUUCCGACGCAUGCUGAUCUCUGGAUUGGUCUGCCCAACUUCAUCGGGAGCCUGCUCUUCACGGUUGGCGGCGUUUGCGAGAUCCUUCUCAACAGAACGGGGGGCGACAGCAAUGCCGGAGAUGACAUUGCUUGGCUUGCGUCCUGGUUCACCCUCGUUGGCUCGGUUUGCUUCGUCGCGAGUGCCGGCAGUGCGCUCUACGUGCCCUGGCAUCAGCCGUCUGCAGAAGCCCCAAAAACCCCAAACCUUGAUGGGGCCAACUCCUGGAUCUUGAGGGCCUAG